UCCGCCUCACGGGCCUCGGUACGCAGCGAGCGGCGCCGCGAUGUGGCUGGGCCCCGAGGAGGUGCUGGUGGCCAACGCGCUGUGGGUGACGGAGCGGGCCAACCCCUUCUUCGUGCUGCAGCGGCGCCGGGGCCACGGCAAGGGCGGCGGCCUCACGGGUCUUCUCGUGGGCACCCUGGAUGUGGUGCUGGACUCCAGUGCCCGUGUGGCCCCCUACCGCAUCCUGCACCAGACCCAGGAUUCGCAGGUCUACUGGACAGUGGCAUGCGGUUCUUCCCGCAAAGAAAUCACAAAACACUGGGAAUGGCUGGAAAAUAACUUACUUCAGACACUGUCCAUCUUUGAUAAUGAGGAGGAUAUCACCACCUUUGUCAAGGGGAAAAUACACGGCAUCAUCGCUGAAGAAAACAAGAACGUGCAGCCCCAGGGAGAUGAGGACCCUGGGAAGUUCAAGGAGGCGGAGCUGAAAAUGCGGAAGCAGUUUGGGAUGCCAGAGGGGGAAAAGCUGGUCAACUAUUACUCUUGCAGCUACUGGAAGGGCCGUGUGCCCAGACAGGGCUGGCUAUACCUGACUGUCAACCACAUGUGCUUCUACUCCUUCCUGCUGGGCAAAGAAGUGAGCCUGGUGGUGCAGUGGGUGGAUGUCACGCGGCUCGAGAAGAAUGCCACCCUCCUCUUCCCCGAGAGCAUCCGUGUGGAUACCAGGGACCAGGAACUCUUCUUCUCCAUGUUCCUCAACAUCGGUGAGACCUUCAAGCUCAUGGAGCAGCUGGCCAACUUGGCCAUGCGACAGCUGCUGGACAACGAGGACUUCCUGGAAGACAAGGCCCUGCCCAGGCCUGUCCAGCCACACAGGAACAUCUCUGCUUUGAAGCGAGACCUGGAUGCCCGAGCUAAGAACGAGUGCUAUCGGGCCACCUUCCGGCUGCCCAGGGAUGAGCGGCUGGACGGCCACACGGGCUGCACACUGUGGACACCAUUCAGCAAGUUGCACAUUCCUGGCCAGAUGUUCAUCUCCAACAACUACAUAUGUUUUGCCAGCAAAGAAGAGGAUGCAUGCCACCUUAUCAUUCCCUUGAGGGAGGUGACCAUUGUUGAAAAAGCUGACAGUUCCAGUGUCUUACCCAGGCCCCUGUCCAUCAGCACCAAGAGUAAAAUGACCUUCCUGUUUGCCAACCUGAAAGAUCGCGAUUUCUUAGUGCAGAGAAUCUCGGACUUCCUCCAGAAAACACCAUCCAAGCAGCCAAGUGGCAGCACUGGGGAAAGGAAGACCAGCGUUGUAGACCCAGCUGCUGAGUUUCUCCCAGCUCCUCAGGAGACACACCAACAGCCCACCAGCCCGUCGUCUCCGCUCAGUGGCCACCAGGGCUUCAGUGCACAGAACGUGCCCACCGCCUCCCAGGGCCUGCUCAAGCUCUUCCGAAGAAACUUGCCCACAGAGGACCUAGGAGUCAAGGAGGCCAAAGAGAAGAUGAAAGAGGAGUCAUGGGACAUCCACUUCUUCGAGUAUGGGCGUGGCAUGUGCAUGUACCGCACAGCCAAGACCCGGGAGCUGGUCCUGAAGGGCAUCCCUGAGAGCCUGCGCGGGGAGCUGUGGCUUCUCUUCUCAGGGGCCUGGAAUGAGAUGGUGACUCACCCUGGCUACUAUGCUGAGCUGGUGGAGAAGUCCAUGGGCAAGUACAGCCUGGCCACGGAGGAGAUUGAGCGAGACCUCCACCGUUCCAUGCCUGAGCACCCCGCCUUCCAGAACGAACUUGGGAUCGCUGCGCUCCGGCGGGUUCUGACUGCCUACGCUUUCCGAAACCCCACUAUUGGUUACUGCCAGGCGAUGAACAUCGUGACCUCAGUGCUCCUGCUCUACGGCAGCGAGGAGGAGGCCUUCUGGCUCCUGGUGGCCCUGUGCGAGCGCAUGCUGCCUGACUACUACAACACCAGGGUGGUGGGAGCCCUGAUUGACCAAGGCAUUUUUGAAGAACUCACAAGAGACUUCCUGCCCCAGCUGUCAGAGAAGAUGCAGGAGCUGGGCGUGAUCUCCAGCAUCUCGCUCUCAUGGUUCCUGACCCUCUUCCUCAGCGUCAUGCCGUUCGAGAGCGCCGUGGUCAUUGUUGACUGCUUCUUCUACGAGGGCAUCAAGGUGAUCCUGCAGGUGGCCCUGGCCAUCCUGGAUGCCAACAUGGAGCAGCUGCUCGGCUGCAAUGACGAGGGCGAGGCCAUGACCAUCUUGGGCAGAUGUCUGGACAAUGUGGUCAAUAAGCAGAGUACUUCCCCACCAGUGCCACAUCUCCAUGCCUUGCUGACCAGUGGAGACGAGCCUCCCACACAGACAGACAUCUUUGACCUCCUCAAAGCAUCCUAUGAGAAAUUCAGCAGCCUGCGGGCCAGCGACAUUGAACAGAUGCGGUUUAAACAGAGGCUGAAAGUGAUCCAGUCCUUGGAGGACACAGCCAAGAGGAGUGUGGUCCGAGCCAUACCUGGGGACAUUGGCUUCUCCAUUGAAGAGCUGGAAGACCUUUACAUGGUGUUUAAGGCCAAGCACCUGGCAAGUCAGUACUGGGGAAGCAGCCACACGGCAGCCGCCCGCCGGGACCCGAGCCUGCCAUACUUGGAGCAGUAUCGGAUUGCUGCAAGCCAGUUCCAGGAGCUCUUUGCCUGCCUGACUCCCUGGGCCUGUGGCACCCACACACCUGUGCUGGCAGGCCGCAUGUUCCGGCUUUUAGACAAAAACAAGGACUCACUGAUCAACUUUAAGGAGUUCGUGACUGGGAUGAGCGGGAUGUACCACGGGGACAUGACUGAAAAGCUCAAGGUGCUCUACAAGCUGCACCUUCCCCCAGCCCUAAACUCUGAGGAAGCCGAGUCAGCCCUGGAGGCCACCCACUAUUUCACGGAAGACAGCUCCUCAGAAGCAUCUCCUCUGGCCUCUGAUCUGGAUCUUUUCCUGCCCUGGGAGGCUCAAGAGGCACUACCACAGGAAGAUCGGGAAGGAAGCAGAAGCGAGGAUACCCAAGAAAAGCGAGCAGAGGAGAAGGGCACCAGCCCCCCAGACUACCGACACUACCUUCGCAUGUGGGCCAAGGAGAGAGAGGCUCAGAAGGAGACCAUCAAGGAUCUGCCCAAAAUGAACCAGGAGCAAUUCAUUGAGCUGUGCAAGACGCUAUACAACAUGUUCAGUGAGGACCCCCUGGAGCAGGACUUGUACCACGCCAUUGCCACAGUGGCCAGCCUCCUCCUCCGCAUCGGCGAGGUGGGGAAGAAGUUCUCCAGUCACAGUGGCAGGAAGCCCACGGAUGGCACCCCCAGCAGGGACCAGGGCAGUUCCACCAAGGACGAGUCCCCUCCUCCAGCAAGGGUCAGUCAGGAUCCAGUACAGGAAUGCCAGCCGCCAGCUGCAGGGGAUCCCCAAGCCAAAGCUGGCGGAGACACCCACCUUGGAAAAGUGCCACAAGAGAGCCAGACGGUGGUAGAGGGGGGCAGUGGAGAGGGACAGGGCUCACCCUCCCAGCUCCUGUCUGACGAUGAAACCAAAGAUGACAUAUCCAUGUCCUCCUACUCAGUGGUCAGCACGAACUCCCUGCAUUGUGAGGACCUUAUGGACGACACAGUGCUGGUGGGUGUGGAGGCCCGCAGCCCCACAGCCACUGCCCGCAUUGGGAACACCGUAGACACAGACUGGUGCAUCUCCUUUGAGCAGAUCCUGGCCUCCAUUCUCACAGAGUCUGUGCUGGUCAACUUCUUUGAGAAAAGGGUGGACAUUGGACUCAAGAUCAAGGACCAGAAGAAAGUAGAGAGACAGUUGAGUGCCUCCAGUGAGCACGAGCCAUCUGUUGCUCUGGGCUGAGCCCCUUGGCUGAGUGAUUCUGGCCGAGGCCUCUGU